GGCUAUUUGAUCAGCAACGCCAGAAACCAGGUGCAGAAGCUGGAGAGUGAUCUCCGCCUCUUCAAAGCCUUCCUCAGUGACACCACCAAGAAGCGGCGGAAGGACGAGAGCCUGCGGGAGCUCGUCCGCCAGAUACGCGACGUCGUUUAUGAGGCGGAGGACAUCAUCGACGCCCUCGUCACGCAGGCUGCCGAGAGCAAGUCCAAGAGUUACUUCUCCGAAGCUUUCGACACGCCACUGAAGCUCCACAGCAUCGUGAAAGACAUGGAGAAAGUUAGCGACCAGGUCAAAGAAAUCUACGGCGACAAAACCAGGUUUGACUUUUCCAGCCUCAUUGUCGGAGAUGGAGGGCCUGACGAAUCAGAGUUAAUCACACAGCCUCCCUUGCAAAGACGAGGGAAAGUGGUGGGUUUUGAAGAUGAAGCAAAAAAAUUAGUUGGUUGUCUCUUUGAAGAAACUCAGCAGCUUGAUGUCAUCUCCAUCAUCGGUAUGCCUGGCCUUGGCAAGACAACAUUGGCAGAGAAAAUUUUUACUAAUUCAGUAAUCCAGUAUGAAUUUCCCAGACGCAUAUGGGUUUCUGUCUCUCAAGAGUUCACAAGAAAAGAUAUAUUUCUUACAAUUCUAAGAGAGUUCACCAGGCUUGAUGAGGACAUGUAUCACAAAAGUGAUCAAGAGUUAGCCGAACUAGUUUCGUCUUAUCUAGAGAAGGAUAAAUUCUUUCUUGUCAUGGACGAUGUGUGGACAGGUAAGGAUUGGGAGAAACUCCAAAUUGCUUUACCAAAGAGGAAUAAGAUGGGUAAAGUCUUGAUUACUAGUCGGCAUGAAGAAGUGGGUUGGUCUGCAAAUAGAGAUAGACGACCCCACAGGUUGCGUUUCCUGACUGAAGAGGAGAGUUGGUUGUUGCUCCAGAUGGAGGUUUUCGGAGAGUUGGAGUGCCCUUCUGAAUUGGAAGGUCUAGGAAAACGAACCGCACAUCAAUGUGCUGGGUUGCCACUUGCAAUUGUGGUCGUAGGAGGCAUUCUUUCCAAAAAGUUUUGGGUAUCAAAUGACAUGGCUGCAAAUAGAAAUGCAUGGAGAAAGAUGUCUGAGAAUGUGAGUACGUAUCUCAGUGAGGACCCUGGGAGACGCAUGGAAAAACUUAUAGCAUUGAGUUAUGAUGAAUUGCCUUAUCACCUAAGAGCAUGCUUUCUCUAUUUGGGAAUAUUCCCUGAGGACUUUGAGAUCCCAGUUCGGGAAUUAAUCCGCAUGUGGAUCGCAGAAGGAUUCAUACAACAAAAGUCUGGUUUUACCUUGGAAGAAAUAGCAGAAAACUACUUGGAGGAUCUGGUUAAUAGGAAUUUAGUAAGGGCUGAUAAGAGGACAGUUGAUGGUAGAGUUAAAACAUGUCGCAUUCAUGACAUGCUACGUGAUUUUUGCAUAAGAGAAGCUGGAAUAGAGAGGGAAAAUUUUCUCCAAGAAAUGAAAAGCUCUGGUGAUGGAUUUGAACCUUCGAUCGUUGAAGUAAAAAAAUUUCGUCGUGUUUGUGCCCACUCCAAUUUCCUUAGUUUCAUCACGUCCAAUCCUUAUGGUCCACGAACCCGGUCUUUGUGUUGCUUCUCCAAGGAAGAAAUAACCUUGUCGCCUGAAAAUGUUUCUUCCAUACCUAAAGCUUUCAAGUUGCUCAGGGUUUUAGCUGUCACCCCUGUCGUGUUCACCAGAUUUCCUCUUGAUUUGACCCAAUUGAUUCAUUUGAAGUAUAUUGCUCUUUCCAGUACUUUCAAGGUCCUUCCAGAAGUCCUAACCAAGCUCUGGAACUUGCAAACUCUCAUCAUUCACACCACAUCACGUGCUCUCAAAGUCAAAGCAGAUAUUUGGCAGAUGAUUCAAUUGAGAUAUCUAAAGACCAAUGCGUCCAUUACUUUGGCCUUCGAGACAACAGGCAAAGGAGGAGCUGAGAAACUCCAAACAUUUUAUAAUUUAUCACCAGAAAGUUGUACGGAAAACUUCUGUAAGAAAGCUCGCUACCUAAAGGAAUUGGGCAUUAGGGGUAGAUUGGCUUUGCUUCUGGAUGCCAAGGGAAGUCGAUAUAGUCCUUUUGACUUUGUGGAGAUGAUGCAACAUCUUGAAAAUCUAAAGCUUAUCAACGAUUUGUCUUUGAGUCCACCUUCAGAAUGGCAGCUAAAAAUUCCUCCUCCUUUCAAGUUCCCACCUAAGCUAAGAUUCCUGACACUAUCAUUUACUUAUUUCGAGUGGAGUAACAUGUCUGUUUUGGGGUUGUUGGAGAACCUUGAGGUGCUCAAACUAAAAGAUAAUGCAUUUGUGGGGAAGUCUUGGGAGACAACUGAUGGUGGGUUUCGGCGUCUUGAAGUCUUGCAAAUAGGAUAUACAGAUCUAGUUUAUUGGGUGGCUUCAGCCCAUCACUUCCCCAGACUUAGGUGCCUUGAGCUACGCAACUGUGAGGAACUUGAAGAAGUUCCAUUUGGGCUGGCCGAGAUACCAAGCCUCGAGAUAAUGCACUUGCACCGUUCCACCAAAUCUGCAGUUGAUUCUGCUAAGAAAAUUCAACAGGCAAAACAACAGAAAAAAGAGGGCUUCUCCCUUUCCAUUUUUCCUCCAGAUCUUUGAUUUCAUGAAGCUAAACAGUUGCAGCAUGAUCAUGAAUAAGUACUUUUGUACAUGCUUGAGAUCAGCUAUUAUUUCACUCGUCAUAUAUAUGGUUUCUGCGUCUUGUUUGUCUUAAUUCAUCACUUGUUUUAGAUUAUGUCUCAUUGUCUGAAUAAUUUCUUACCCCAAUAGAAGAAAAUUGUGAUAUGCAUUUAUAAUAAUCACAGCAAAAUUACAUUUUCUUAUGUCCUAUAA